AUGAACCUCUUUACACUUGAAGAAGCUACAAUUCUUUUACCGGACGCCGACAAUGACGAGCUUCCACCCGUAAAGACGCUUUUUCCUGAAAACAUCACCCGCAUCAACAAGAAACAAAUGCAAAAAAGAGUAAUCCUCAUGAACCCUAAUUCAAACCAAGCACCAGAGGCCAGAUCCGAACAAAAAAACCCUAACUCGAAUAAAAAAUUUAAGAGGCACGGUCAAUUUUUCAUCGGUGAGAAGCUGCAGAGGAACGGCGAGGUCGAGCAGAGCCGGCGAGGUCGUGCAGAGCCGGCGAGGUGGCCACAGGACGAUGUCGGAGGUCGUGCGGAGCCGACGAAGUCGUCUGCGGAGAUCGGAGGUCGUACGGAGGUUGAGCCGGCGAGGUCGUGCGAAAGUGAAAGAGAUUUUUCUGCUCAAUGGGAUUUUUCGAGCCGAUGA